CCCUGAUAUGGAUGUGUUCACCAGCAGAAACAGCCUGGACCUAGAAAAAAAACGUCACUUUCGUCUCGCGCGCGUUCAUUUCACUCGUCUGCCAUUGUCUCCCUUGUGUCUUUGUCUCCCUUUAACCUUCUAAUCGUUCCCACAGCCACCCCAUCCUUUCUUCAGCAGACUUGGUCAGGACCGGGAUAUACUUUCAGCAAUCUCCUCCAUUCGACAGCUUGACAACUUGAUCAGGACCAGCCAUGGUGUUACAGAGCAACAGCGAUGCCGUCCCUGAGGUGCCUCUAGCCCUCGUCUCAAACGCAUACCUUAAUGAGCUGACCGCCAGUCUCAGGGCACGCCCGAUUCCAUGGGAGGGCUACCAACGUGCAUCACUUAUCACAGAGACAGAGCUCAGCUACAUCAAAGCUAUCGACAAGAAGACCGGCGAAGAUCUCUCUAGAGUCGUCGAUAAGGAACGAGAUGUCUAUGGCGAGCUCUUGAUCAAUUUGUUGCUGAAGCUGGUUCGCGUCGAUACGAUCCAGUCGAUUCUCAUUCUUAUUGAUGAUCUCUUGCUCGACCACGAAGAACGCGCCGCAUACUUUUUGCAGAUGAACAGACACGACCCAACCUUGCCCUAUGCCCCUCUUCUCAAAUGCCUUCGAAGUGAAGAUGAGUUCGUUCCGCUGCAGGCCAGCAAGAUCCUGACGACCCUGCUGUGCGCGUCCCCGAAGCCUAACACUGAAGCUGCAGAAGAAUUGUUCCGCUGGACGACAGCACAGCUGCAGAGCAAGAACCCAGCCGCUGUGGACUUAGCCGUCCAGGUGGUCGAGUCAGUCUUGCGCCAGAGGGAUGUCCGAAUUGUGUACUGGAAUACCCCACAGGCAGUCGAUGCGUUGAUCCGGAUCUUGAAGAUCGAUGCACCCAACCCGCAGAUGCAGUACCAAGUGAUCUAUUGCUUCUGGAUGUUGACGUUCAACGAGGAGAUUGCUGAGCAGCUGAAUAGGAGGUACGAUAUGAUCCCACAGCUGGUCGAGAUUGCAAAGUCGGCGAUCAAGGAGAAGGUCAUUCGUGUCACUAUCGCAACUUUCAGAAACUUGGCCGAGAAGGCACCUGAGGCUAAUGUGGCUGCAAUGGCUGCAGUCAAGAUGCUGCAGUUCUGCGAAAAUCUGUCGACGCGCAAAUGGUCUGACAACGAUAUUCUGGAGGACAUCAACUACUUGAAGGCAGAACUCGAGGAGAACUUCCAGACACUAACUACGUUUGAGGUCUAUCUGGCCGAGCUGCAGUCUGGACGAUUGACAUGGUCGCCACCUCAUUUGUCGGAUCAGUUCUGGGACAAGAACUGGAAAGAACUCAAGAAGGAGAACUAUGCCCUGCUUAAGACUCUGGCUCGUCUUUUGAGCACGUCGAGCGAUUCUAUUGUUCUUUCGGUCGCCGCUAGUGAUAUUGGACAAUACGUCAAGCGCGACUCGAGCAGCAAAAAGUUUUUGCAGGAAAUUGGUGUCAAGCAAAGAAUUAUGGAGCUGAUGUCGCACCCAGACCAGGAAGUACGAUACAACAGCGUCAAUGCUAGCUGGUCGCUGAUCGGAGGAAAAGCCUGAAAGGACAUGUACCCCGUCGCAUUCGUUUUCUGAUUGUCAUUGAGGGUAGAGAAGGAAACAGGAACACCACAAUAGAGACAUGAUCAUGGAGAUGGAUAUGAAUAUGAAUAUGGAUAACAGGGGUUGCUCGUUUUUGCACGAUAGGGAAUAAAAAAAAAAAGUAU